AUGGAACCAUAUCUUUGCCUUUGUCUUUUCCUCUGCGCUGCGAUACUUACACUUGGAAAAAUAAUCAAAAUAAUUAUCCAAGAUCGAAAGAAAUCAACGGCCGACGUUCCUCCGGGAAGCCAUGGUUUUCCGGUGAUCGGAGAAACACUUCAGUUCAUGCUCUCUGUUAACAGCGGCAAAGGUUUCUACGAAUUCGUUCAUAGUCGCCGCAUCAGGUACGGAAGUUGCUUUAAGACAAGUUUGUUCGGAGAGACGCACGUGUUCCUGUCGACGAUGGAGUCAGCUCGGGCUGUCCUGAACAACGAGUCAGGGAUGUUCACGAAACGGUACAUAAAGUCCAUAGGUGAGCUUGUAGGUGAACGGAGCCUUCUCUGUGCUCCUCAACACCAUCACAAGAUUCUCCGUAGCCGUUUGAUCAAUUUGUUCUCCAAAAGAUCGACGGCUCUGAUGGUUAGUCACUUUGAUGAACUCGUCGUGGACGCUCUUAGUGGAUGGGAACACCGUGGUACGGUGAUCUUGCUCACAGAUUUGCUCCAGAUAACAUUCAAAGCAAUGUGUAAGAUGUUAAUAAGUCUAGAAGACGCAGAAGAAUUGGGUUCCAUGCAAAGAGAUGUGGGCUUUGUUUGUGAAGCCAUGCUAGCUUUUCCACUCAAUCUACCUUGGACUAGAUUCCACAAAGGCAUCAUGGCAAGAGGAAGAGUUAUGGAGGUGUUAGAAAACAUAAUUAGAGAACGGAGAAAUGAAACAAAUAGUCAAAACAAUCAUCAUGAAGAUUUUUUGCAGCAGCUUCUCGCAGUAGAUGACGACACUUCUUCAUCGUCUCCUAAGUUGACUGAUGCUGAGAUUAAAGACAAUAUUCUCACCAUGAUCAUUGCAGGACAGGACACGACGGCUAGUGCUCUAACAUGGAUGGUCAAGUACCUCGGUGAAAAUCAGAAGGUUUUGGAUAUUCUUAUUGAUGAGCAAUCUAAGAUUGGGAAGAAGGCAUCAGAUAAACCAUUUCUUGAACUUGAAGAUCUCAGUGAAAUGCCAUAUGCCUCAAAGUUGGUGAAAGAAUCUCUGAGAAUGGCGUCUGUUGUGCCUUGGUUCCCAAGAGUAGUACUUCAAGACUGUGAAAUGGAAGGAUAUAAGAUUAAAAAAGGAUGGAAUAUAAAUAUUGACGCAAGAUCCAUUCAUCUUGAUCCUAAUGUAUAUGAUAAACCUCACAAGUUCAACCCUUUAAGGUUUGAGGAGGAAGCAAAAGGAAACAGUUUCUUAGCAUUUGGGAUGGGAGGGAGAACAUGUCUUGGACUUGUUAUGGCCAAGGCCAUGAUGUUAGUGUUUCUCCACCGUUUUAUAACAACUUACAGAUGGGAGGUGGUAGAUGAAGAUUCAAGCAUCGAUAAGUGGACAUUGUUUGCAAGAUUAAAGAGUGGUUAUCCAAUUCGCGUGUCACGAAGAUUAUAAGUUUAUAUGUAUCAAAUUAGUUUUUACAUCUCAAUAAGUGUUCAUGCAUACGUGUUUCAU